GACUUUGGGGUGCCGUUCAUUCGCAUGAUAUCUUUGGACGACUACAGGUUGGUUGAAACAGCUUGUCCUCUGUCUUAUGCGGCAUUGAGCUAUGUAUGGGGACCCGCCGCUGUAUUCAAGACGAUACGAGACAACAUCGACAUGCUGAUGCAGCCAGGGGGACUGCCGGUGUCAUCCUUUCCAAAGUCGAUCCGCGAUGCCAUGGUCCUAGCAAAAGAGCUCGGCUUUCGAUACAUCUGGGUUGACUCUCUAUGCAUCAUUCAAGACUCUGCGGAGGAUAAAGUGCAGCAGCUUCGCAUGAUGGACUGCAUCUAUAGCCGUGCGAGUCUCACCAUUGUCGCCGCAGCUGGUUCGCAUGCCGACGCAGGG